AUGGGGUCGUUGAUGCGCUCCGAGGAGAUGCGCUUCUGCCAGCUCAUCGUGGAGAAGGACGCCGCGUUCAACAUUGUCGCUGAAAUCGGAAAGCAACCGUACGUGCAGUUCAAAGAUGUAAGUGAUGCCAGAAGGGCAAACAUGAAAGGGAAAAUGAUUUCAGUUGAAUUCGAAUGUGAACAACUUCCAAAGAACGUUCGUCAAGGACAUCCGCCGCUUCGAUGAGAUGGAGAGGAAGCUCAGAUUCCUGGAGAAUCAGAUCGUAAAGGAUGAGAUCGUCGUGGCCGGGAGAGUGGACAAUGGGGACUACACAAUCCUGCCAAACUCCGAAGUCAACACUCUGGAAGGAACUCUCGGUGAGCUGGAGAAGGACGUGAAGAGCAUGAACGAGUCGGACUCCCAACUCAAAUCCAACUUCAUGGAUUUGAAGGAAUGGGACGCCGUUCUGGACAAGACGGACGAGUUUUUCCAAGGAGGAGUCGAUGAUCAGGCUCAGGAGGAACUUGAGAAUCUGGACGAGGAAGGAGCGAUCCGUGUGGACAAGGGACCAGUCAACUACUUGGUCGGAAUCAUCCGUCGCGAGAGAUUGAAUGUUUUCGAACGUGUUCUCUGGCGUGCGUGCCAUCACACCGCCUACAUUCGUUCCAGUGACAUCGAGGAAGAAUUGGAGGAGCCGAGCGGAGAGAAAGUCCACAAAUCGGUGUUCAUCGUCUUCCUGAAAGGAGAUCGCAUGCGCAACAUCGUUGAGAAAGUGUGCGACGGAUUCAAGGCGAAGCUGUUCAAAAACUGCCCGAAGACAUUCAAGGAACGACAGUCGGCCCGCAACGACGUGCGAGCACGCAUCCAGGAUCUGCAGACUGUGCUCGGACAGACCCGCGAACACCGUUACCGCGUGCUCCAAGCAGCCGCCAACAAUCACAGCCAGUGGUUGAAGCAAGUGAGGAUGAUCAAGACUGUCUACCACAUGCUCAAUCUGUUCACCUUCGACGGAAUCGGCCGUUUCUUCGUCGGAGAGUGCUGGAUUCCACUGAAGCACGUUGAAGACGUCCGUAAGGCAAUUGAGGUCGGAGCGGAGAGAAGCGGAUCCUCAGUGAAGCCAGUGUUGAACAUUCUGGAGACCUCCGUCGUUCCACCGACGUACAAUGAGACUAACAGGUUCACGGCGGUCUUCCAAGGCAUCGUCGACUCAUACGGAAUCGCCACCUACCGCGAGCUGAAUCCUGCCCCAUACACCAUCAUUUCCUUCCCAUUCCUGUUCUCGUGCAUGUUCGGAGAUCUCGGUCACGGAGCCAUCAUGCUCAUGGUUGGUCUCUGGUUUGUGAUCCGAGAGAAGAACCUCAUCGCUCGCAACAUCAAGGACGAGAUCUUCAGCAUGUUCUUCGGAGGACGUUACAUCAUCCUUCUCAUGGGUAUCUUCUCCAUUCACGCUGGAAUCGUCUACAAUGAUCUGUUCGCCAAGUCGUUCGACAUUUUCGGAAGUGGCUGGAAGAACCCGUACAAUCAGACCGAUCUGGACUACUGGAUCGAGCACACGGAGCACGGAAAGGAGAUGCUAAUCGAAUUGAAUCCGGAACAGGCCUACAAUCACGCUGCCGGACCUUACUCAUACGGAGUUGACCCUAUCUGGAACAUUGCCGAGAACAAGUUGAACUUCUUGAACUCGUUGAAAAUGAAACUGUCCGUCAUUCUUGGAAUCGCCCAGAUGACGUUCGGAGUCAUUCUGUCCUUCUUGAACCACAGCUACAACAAAUCAAAGAUCGAUAUCUUCACCGUUUUCAUUCCGCAAAUGCUCUUCAUGGGUUGCAUCUUCAUUUACCUCUGCAUCCAAAUCAUUCUCAAGUGGCUCUUCUUCUGGGUCCAGGAAACUACCGUCUUCGGACAGAUCUACCCGGGAUCCCACUGUGCCCCGUCUCUUCUCAUAGGUCUCAUCAACAUGUUCAUGAUGAAGGAUCGUGAAGUCGGAUUCGUCAAGGACGGAGUCAGCGGAGCAUACAAUGAAGUCGAGGCUUGCUAUCUCUCUCAAUGGUAUCCAGGACAGUCGAUUAUCGAAAUGGUUCUUGUCAUCAUCGCCGUCAUUUGCAUUCCAAUCAUGCUCUUCGGAAAGCCAAUCCAUCAUGUUUUGGAGCAGAAGAAAAGACAGAAGGCCCUUCAUGGAGACGUGGUAAAAUGGAAACAAGUCUUCAUAAAUGCAAUCUUUAUUUUCAGACCGUUCGUGCCAAUGUCGUCUCUGACAGCAGUGAGAUUGUGAUCAACGGAGGAGCCAAGAAGGAAGAGGCCGCCCACGACGGAGGGCACGGCGGAGAUCACCACGACGAGGCAUUCGGAGAUGUCAUGGUGCAUCAGGCCAUUCACACGAUUGAGUACGUCCUCGGAUGUGUUUCCCACACUGCCUCCUACCUCCGUCUCUGGGCUCUUUCGCUUGCCCACGCCCGUAAGUUCCACGCCCGUAAGUGGUCAACUUCUAUUCCCCCGUUUGCAGAGCUCUCUGAAGUGCUCUGGCACAUGGUGUUCGUUACCGGAGGACUCGGAAUCGACGGAACCGUCGGAUUCAUCGCUGUCUACGUCGUUUUCUUCAUCUUCUUCGUCCUCACAAUCUCCAUUCUCGUGCUGAUGGAAGGUCUUUCCGCUUUCCUCCACGCCCUCCGUCUUCAUUGGUCAGCCCAUUCCCCAUUCUCUUUUAUCUUCAAAACCUUACCUAUUUCAGGGUCGAGUUCCAGUCCAAGUUCUACCUGGGUCUCGGAUAUCCGUUCGUUCCGUACUCGUUCAAGACGGCUCUCCAAGAGGCGGAAGCGAGUGCUCCAUCCCAAUAA